AUGGCCACUGAUCCCAAGACAGUUCUUGCCCCCCCUAAACGGGCUAAUUCCGACUAUCCGUUGAUUGAUUCCGACCCGCACCUGAGGCGAGUUUUUGGGUAUGCGAGACCUUCUGAUUAUGCUAUUGCUGGUGGAGCAGCUGCCGCCUCGCCACUAGCAUUCUGGGCUAUGGAAAGGGUAAGCCCAUCUCAUGUUGGGAGAGGAGGCUUCGCCCCUGUGAUGCGGCUAGCAACAGCAAUUGGCCUUAUUGGAGGUCUCCAUGUGCUCUACCAAAGAUCCUGCAAUCGCUUCUAUGGUUUCACCGAGAAUUCGAGAGAAGUUGAGAUGGAUACAAGAGAGAUGGUUGACAAGGUCAAGAGAGGUGAAUCUCUGUAUGGCACCUCGAAGGUGUCUGCGUAUCUGCAGGGGGUUGCAGCCAGGAACUCGCGGUAUUCAGAGUUGUUCAUUCAUGUUCUUCCCUGGUUCAACAUUGUAAACCAUGAUCAGCAUGGCGUGGACACAGCUAAGUACUAUCAGCAGGCUGAGCGUGAGCUUGAAGCGGAACGUUUGGCGAAGGCUGGUUCUGCGUGA